AUGGCAGGCGCCGCUGUUGCGACCUUGGCGCUUGUGGGCGUCGUGGCAAAGGUGUCCCACUCCUCGCUCUCCAAGUCCAAGACGCUGGAUGAGAUCGAGAACUGGGAGGAGCUUCCAGGAAUGGACCAGGUCAUCCACAAGGCCCAGGCCCUGAAGAUGGACAAGCCCUUGCGCAACCUGCAGGACCUGUUCUACGAUUCCCAGCCGGAGGAACUCCCGUGGAUCCGUACAGAGUGCGUGAUCGACACCGUCCAGGCUGCAGCCUACCUUGCCCAAGCCGUCGUCUUCCUGUACAAGGCCAUCGAUUACGACGGCCUGGAGUGCCCCAACAACUCCCCGGUGGGCUGCGCUGCCAGUGUGGCCGGCUUCAUCACCUCCAUCACCUGGAUUGCCUCCUACCUGUCCUUCGCGGCGAACGCCUGCGGCCAGGCCGUGAACAACGGAGCGCUCUGUGCAGGUGACUUCACCGCCUUGAUGGCCAACUUUGGUGAGAUUGCCACCGUGGGAGCCGCCGCCAGAGCUGAUUGCAACUUCGGCAAGAACGCCCUCCAGAUCCUCACGAGGACGGAGACCAUCUCCCCUCCGUGGAAGGAGUUCGUCCCUGCUGGCGCAUCGCCAGCUGUGGAGAAGGCCCUGAAGGUGAAGGGGCACAAAGACCAGCAGCGCAACCGCGACUACGACAUCGUCCAGUGCACAGCGGACAUCACCAACUCUGUCUCCUACAUCGUGCGAGCGAUCCUUCAGAUCCGCGCCGCGGGCAGCGCCUGCGCCGACCCGAAGUCAUGCGCUGUCGGCAUCAUGAACAUCAUCUCCUCUUUCGCAUGGAUCUCUCAGUUCACGGCAUUGGCGGUGUCGGACUGCCAGGUGGGGGCCGACCAGAAGGCCCUGUGCACCGCCGACAUCUCCGACAUGGUGGCCGCCCUGACCAACGGACCGGCCGCCGGCAUCGCCUCCACCUCGGCGUUGCUGCCCGUAGACUGGAUUUCGGCCCGUGUCCUUUCCUCGGUUUCCCACUUGGCCAUGGCACUGACUCACGGCGCGCUCUCGGAGGAAGAGGUGGUCCUCGUGGAGAAGCCCCGUGCACCCAAGGGACGUUGGUACAUGGCAGGCGCCGCCGUUGCGACCUUGGCGCUUGUGGGCGUCGUGGCAAAGGUGUCCCACUCCUCGCUCUCCAAGUCCAAGACGCUGGAUGAGAUCGAGAACUGGGAGGAGCUUCCAGGAAUGGACCAGGCGCUGGGUGUCGUAGUCAUCCACAAGGCCCAGGCCCUGAAGAUGGACAAGCCCUUGCGCAACCUGCAGGACCUGUUCUACGAUUCCCAGCCGGAGGCUGCAGCCUACCUUGCCCAAGCCGUUGUGUUCCUGUACAAGGCCAUCGAUUACGACGGCCUGGAGUGCCCCAACAACUCCCCGGUGGGCUGCGCUGCCAGUGUGGCCGGCUUCAUCACCUCCAUCACCUGGAUUGCCUCCUACCUGUCCUUCGCGGCGAACGCCUGCGGCCAGGCCGUGAACAACGGAGCGCUCUGCGCAGGUGACUUCACCGCCUUGAUGGCCAACUUUGGUGAGAUUGCCACCGUGGGCGCCGCCGCCAGAGCUGAUUGCAACUUCGGCAAGAACGCCCUCCAGAUCCUCACGAGGACGGAGACCAUCUCCCCUCCGUGGAAGGAGUUCGUCCCUGCUGGCGCAUCGCCAGCUGUGGAGAAGGCCCUGAAGGUGAAGGGGCACAAAGACCAGCAGCGCAACCGCGACUACGACAUCGUCCAGUGCACAGCGGACAUCACCAACUCUGUCUCCUACAUCGUGCGAGCGAUCCUUCAGAUCCGCGCCGCGGGCAGCGCCUGCGCCGACCCGAAGUCAUGCGCUGUCGGCAUCAUGAACAUCAUCUCCUCUUUCGCAUGGAUCUCUCAGUUCACGGCAUUGGCGGUGUCGGACUGCCAGGUGGGGGCCGACCAGAAGGCCCUGUGCACCGCCGACAUCUCCGACAUGGUGGCCGCCCUGACCAACGGACCGGCCGCCGGCAUCGCCUCCACCUCGGACUGCUCUCUUCAGGACAAUCCGUACGAGAGACCUCGCAGCCCGGUGCUGUUUUGCGUCCUGCACGGAGCGGCGUUGCUGCUCGUAGACUGGAUUUCGGCCCGUGUCCUUUCCUCGGUUUCCCACUUGGCCAUGGCACUGACUCACGGCGCGCUCUCGGAGGAAGAGGUGGUCCUCAUGGAGAAGCCCCGUGCACCUAAGGGACGUUGGUACAUGGCAGGCGCCGCUGUUGCGACCUUGGCGCUUGUGGGCGUCGUGGCAAAGGUGUCCCACUCCUCGCUCUCCAAGUCCAAGACGCUGGAUGAGAUCGAGAACUGGGAGGAGCUUCCAGGAAUGGACCAGGUCAUCCACAAGGCCCAGGCCCUGAAGAUGGACAAGCCCUUGCGCAACCUGCAGGACCUGUUCUACGAUUCCCAGCCGGAGGAACUCCCGUGGAUCCGUACAGAGUGCGUGAUCGACACCGUCCAGGCUGCAGCCUACCUUGCCCAAGCCGUCGUCUUCCUGUACAAGGCCAUCGAUUACGACGGCCUGGAGUGCCCCAACAACUCCCCGGUGGGCUGCGCUGCCAGUGUGGCCGGCUUCAUCACCUCCAUCACCUGGAUUGCCUCCUACCUGUCCUUCGCGGCGAACGCCUGCGGCCAGGCCGUGAACAACGGAGCGCUCUGUGCAGGUGACUUCACCGCCUUGAUGGCCAACUUUGGUGAGAUUGCCACCGUGGGCGCCGCCGCCAGAGCUGAUUGCAACUUCGGCAAGAACGCCCUCCAGAUCCUCACGAGGACGGAGACCAUCUCCCCUCCGUGGAAGGAGUUCGUCCCUGCUGGCGCAUCGCCAGCUGUGGAGAAGGCCCUGAAGGUGAAGGGGCACAAAGACCAGCAGCGCAACCGCGACUACGACAUCGUCCAGUGCACAGCGGACAUCACCAACUCUGUCUCCUACAUCGUGCGAGCGAUCCUUCAGAUCCGCGCCGCGGGCAGCGCCUGCGCCGACCCGAAGUCAUGCGCUGUCGGCAUCAUGAACAUCAUCUCCUCUUUCGCAUGGAUCUCUCAGUUCACGGCAUUGGCGGUGUCGGACUGCCAGGUGGGGGCCGACCAGAAGGCCCUGUGCACCGCCGACAUCUCCGACAUGGUGGCCGCCCUGACCAACGGACCGGCCGCCGGCAUCGCCUCCACCUCGGCGUUGCUGCCCGUAGACUGGAUUUCGGCCCGUGUCCUUUCCUCGGUUUCCCACUUGGCCAUGGCACUGACUCACGGCGCGCUCUCGGAGGAAGAGGUGGUCCUCGUGGAGAAGCCCCGUGCACCCAAGGGACGUUGGUACAUGGCAGGCGCCGCCGUUGCGACCUUGGCGCUUGUGGGCGUCGUGGCAAAGGUGUCCCACUCCUCUCUCUCCAAGUCCAAGACACUGGAUGAGAUCGAGAACUGGGAGGAGCUUCCAGGAAUGGACCAGGCGCUGGGUGUCGUAGUCAUCCACAAGGCCCAGGCCCUGAAGAUGGACAAGCCCUUGCGCAACCUGCAGGACCUGUUCUACGAUUCCCAGCCGGAGGAACUCCCGUGGAUCCGUACAGAGUGCGUGAUCGACACCGUCCAGGCUGCAGCCUACCUUGCCCAAGCCGUCGUGUUCCUGUACAAGGCCAUCGAUUACGACGGCCUGGAGUGCCCCAACAACUCCCCGGUGGGCUGCGCUGCCAGUGUGGCCGGCUUCAUCACCUCCAUCACCUGGAUUGCCUCCUACCUGUCCUUCGCGGCGAACGCCUGCGGCCAGGCCGUGAACAACGGAGCGCUCUGUGCAGGUGACUUCACCGCCUUGAUGGCCAACUUUGGUGAGAUUGCCACCGUGGGCGCCGCCGCCAGAGCUGAUUGCAACUUCGGCAAGAACGCCCUCCAGAUCCUCACGAGGACGGAGACCAUCUCCCCUCCGUGGAAGGAGUUCGUCCCUGCUGGCGCAUCGCCGGCCGUGGAGAAGGCCCUGAAGGUGAAGGGGCACAAGGACCAGCAGCGCAACCGCGACUACGACAUCGUCCAGUGCGCCGCGGACGUCACCAACUCCGUCUCCUACAUCGUGCGAGCGAUCCUUCAGAUCCGUGCCGCGGGAAGCGCCUGCGCCGACCCCAAGUCAUGCGCUGUCGGCAUCAUGAACAUCAUCUCCUCUUUCGCAUGGAUCUCGCAGUUCACUGCACUGGCCGUCUCCGAUUGCCAGGUGGGAGCUGACCAGAAGGCCCUCUGCACCGCCGACAUCUCCGACAUGGUGGCCGCGCUGACCAACGGACCCGCCGCCGGCAUCGCCUCGACCUCCGACUGCGCCGACCUCUAA